AUGGCUACCCCUAGUGUCCUCGCUUUUGACGCUGAGGGUCGAGCCAUUGACUUUGACGUCUCGGUAGAUGACCUGCAGCUGUUCUUACAGUGCGAUAGGGCAGACGGUCUCUCUCUCUUUGACCUCACCUCUGGCGCCUCUCCUUCCCCUGCUGCUGAUGCUGACGCCACUGUUCGCUCCCAGUGGGCCACGCGCGACGCUGCUGCACGUCUUGCUGUGCGUCGCCACCUCCCUACCUCUGAGCGGGCGCACUUUAGUCAGUACAAGAGUGCUCAGACCUUGUACGACGCUGUAGUUGCGCGCUACUCCUCCCAUGCCACUGCUGCACUGUGCCGUCUCAUGCUACCGUACCUCUUCCCUGACCUUGCUGCCUUUCCUACUGUCGCUGACCUCAUUACGCACCUCCGCACUAGUGACACUCGCUAUCGUGCUGCGCUUCCUGCUGACUUCUGCGCCAAGAACCCCCCCCCCCAUAAGUCCCUUCUAGCGGCCGAGAAGAGCAUAGUCGCUGUAGGGGCCUCUCGUGGUGACCCGCGCACCCCCAUCUUUGAGGGGUGCUCCCCCUCCCCCCUUCUUCCCUCUGUUGCCUCUGCUGCUACGGCCGACCUCCUUGGUCUUGAGUCGGUCGAUGCGGCGUCCGCCCCUAGUGGGAGACGCCGCUCUGGCAAGGGCAAAGGGGGCAAGGGCGUUGAAGGAGCGAGCGGGAGCGGUGGAGGUGGAGGCGGCGGGGGGAGUGGGGGUGGCGGUGGGAGUGGAGGUGGGGGAGGAGGUGUCGGUGGCGGCAGUGGAGGCGGAGGCGGCAGCGGCAGUGGUGGUGGGAGCGGAGGUGGCAGAGGUGGUGGCGGUGGAGGCGGCGGCGGAGGCGGCAGUGGUAGCGGAGGCGGCGGAGGCGGCGUAGGUGGCGGGGGUGGCGGUGGAGCUGGUCGCGGGUCUACGCAAAGGAGUGGUUCCGGUGGUGGCCAGCGCCAGCAGCAGCAGCGCGGUCGUGAGACCCUGUCCCCUCAGCAGCUCCGUGAGUGGUAUACUGCACGCCAGCGGGGUGGGGGUUUUGGUCCGUGCACCUACGUCCUGCGCACCGGCGACCGUGCGGGUGAGCAGUGUGGGGGUGCGCACCCCACCCAGCGCUGCUUUGGCCGCCUGACGGACGCGUGGCGUCGUCAGUUCCCGGAGGCCACAGAGAUCCCUCGCUGGGGCGAGCUGUCUAGGGCGGGAAUUGCUAUCUAUGAUCUUGAUUUUGAUGCUAUUCUUUCUGCCAAAUAUGCUGUGUCUAUUAGUGAUGAGGGUGACUGUUACCGGUGUUUCCCGCCCGAUCCGGGCAUUGGGACUGCUGCUCUAGGUACUAAUGAGGCUGCUGCCCUAGGUGCCUGUGACGUUGCUGCUCUAGGUGCUAGUGCGUCUGAGUCCUCAAGUACUGGUGAGUCUGCGCUCUCAGGUACUGCGUCGGCUUCGGCCUCCCUCACCUUCACCCUUGACUUUGGAGCUUCUCGCUCCUUCUUUCGGGACCGCACCACACUCACGCCGCUUCGUCGGCCGGUUGCGGUGUCUCUGGCUGACCCCUCUGGGGGUCCAUUCCUGUCUCACUUCUCCACAUUCCUUCCGUGUCCGGCGGCUCCCUCUGGCACCCUGUCUGGUCUCUACCUCCCCUCGUUCUCUACGAACCUGGUGAGUGGUGCUGACCUACAGGAUGGGGGAGUACACCAGUUCACUCUUGCGCGUCAGCGGGUGACGCACUGCACAGAGGCUAGCACAAGCCGACACCUGGCUACGUUUACCCGUCAGCCAGGGUCGAGCCUGUACACUCUGACCACUGCGUCUCCUCCAGUAGCUGCGUCUGGUAGGGUAGCUGCGUUCGGUCAGGUGAUUGCUGCAGCGUCCAAGUCUGGUCCUGAGUCUGCCCCCUGUUCGUGUCGUCUCCUGUCUCACGAGACUCUCCACUGGCACCACCGUCUUGGUCACCCCUCUCUGCUUCAGCUCAGAGGCAUGGCCUCCUGUCUUCUUGUUUCUGGUCUCCCCCGGUCCCUUCCUCCCCUUCCUCAGGGCCCUGGCCCUACCUGUGUCCCCUGUGUCGAGGGGCGCCUUCGGGCUGCCCCUCACUCCUCCCAGUUUCCUCCGACAGAGGCUCCGUUGCAGACGCUUCACAUGGACGUGUGGGGCCCUGCCCGCGUCCGUGGACUCGGUCACGAGCGCUACUUCCUGUUGGUGGUUGACGACUACUCGCGUUACACCACAGUCUUCCCCUUGCGCAGCAAGGGUGAUGUCACUAAGGUGCUGAUCGACUGGAUCCGCGCAGCUCGUCUCCAGCUCAGGCAGAGCUUUGGCUCGGACUUUCCUGUUCUGCGUCUACACUCGGACAGAGGCGGAGAGUUUUCCUCUGGCCUUCUGCGAGCCUAUUGUCACGCACGAGGCAUCCGUCAGACCUUCACGCUUCCGGACUCCCCGCAGCAAAAUGGGAUUGCUGAGCGCCGCAUUGGCAUGGUCAUGGACGUCGCUCGUACGUCUAUGAUGCAUGCGGCUGCUCCCCAUUUUCUGUGGCCGUUUGCGGUGAGGUACGCGGCGCAUCAGAUCAACCUACACCCCAGGGUCUCCAAGCCGGAGACCUCCCCAGCCUUGCUGUGGACGGGGAAGGUUGGCGAUGCGUCGGCGUUCCGAGUCUGGGGAUCUCGGGCGUUUGUCCGCGACUUGUCUGCGGACAAGAUAUCCCCUCGUGCUCCUCCUUGCGUCUUCGUGGGGUUCCCCCCUGACGCGCCUGGGUGGCAGUUUGACCACCCCACCUCUCGCCGUGUUAUGUCCUCCCAGGACGUCACGUUUGACGAGUCGGUCCCCUACUACCGCCUCUUCCCCUACCGCACUCUGUCCCUCCCCCCCCCCCGCUCUUCCUUUUACCAGGUAGACGCAGUCGAGCCUGUCGAGGUUACUGGUGACUCUGGUGCUGCUAGGGGUGCUGAGCCUAGGGGUGCUAAGACUGGGGUUGCUACGCCUGGGGGUGCUGAGACUGGGGGUGCUGGGCCUGGGGGUACUGCGACUGGGGGUGCUGAGCCUGGGGGUGCUGAGCCUGGGGGUGCUAAGCCUGGGGGUGCUGUGCCUGGGGGUGCGACGCCUGGGGGUGCUGUGCCUGGGAGUGAUCUAGUUGGGGGUGCUGAGCCUGGGGGUGCUGAGCUUGGAGGUGCUACGCCUGGAGGUUCUCCGGUUGCUUCGCCUCUGCGGGAGCCACUCUCUCUACAGGAGCUGCGCGAGUGGUUUGCCCGGCGCACGAGCCGUGCUGCUAGUGCUGGAGGUUCUUCGGCUACUGAGGGUGCUACUGUCGCUGGUCUCGGAGGUGCUCGUACUGGGAGUACUGGAGCUGCUGGGCCUGAGGGUUCGACUGGAGCUGGUGCUGCUGAGGGUGUUGGUGCUGAGACUACCGCUGGCGGUCCUACUGGGGGUACUUCUGGUGCUACUGGAUGUUCUGGAGCUACUAGAGGUGCUGCUGGAGCAGGUGCUCCUGCUGGGGGUACUGGUGCUGUCCCUGCUGUGUCUGGCGUCGCCACGCGGCCUCGACCGUACUUCCUUCCACUCCUGCAGCAGGUUCUUGGUCUUCCACCUUCUACUGGUCCUCCUCCUCCCUUAGAGUAUCCACAGCCUUUCCCGUCACAGUUACAGUUGCAGCCUACCUCCCCUUUGCCUGCUCCUUCUCCCUACACUGGUCCUACUGGAGGUCUUGCUAAGCGUCGUGAGCCUGCGUCUCGCCCUAUGUCGCCUGUCCGUGCUGCUCGCGCUAGUAGUUGUGGUUCGCGUGAGCGUCCUCCUCCUGUCCCUGGCACGCACCGGAUGUCUCUGCGUCCGUCCACAGCUCCUCAGCGUGCCCCUUUGCCUUCUCCUCCUGAGUCCUCUCUUCCUGCUCUUGCCGACCCGGAGUCGGACUCUCUUCGUGCUGCCAGUCCUACUGUCACGCGUCUCCUAGCUACUGACGUCACUGACCCUUCUUUCGAGUCCACUGCUGCGUCUGCCCUAGGUGCUGAGCUUGACGACUUUGCUGCUCGCUGUCGCCUAGACUACGCUGCUAGUCUUGUAGCUGAGUCUGAGUCUGUCUGUCCUCCGUCCGUCGGGGGUGAGUGUGCCCUUGGCACGGACGUCCUUGAGGACAGGCAGGAGGAGUUCCAGUGUCUGGCAGCUGCUUCACCUCAUCUCGUGUCCGUACUACUUACCCCUGAGGGAGACCCGGAUGCACUUGACAUCCCGACUCCGCGCUCCUACGCGGAGGCGAUAGAGGGUCCCUACUCCUCUGAGUGGCAGGCAGCUAUGGAUGCAGAGAUGGCUUCCUGGAAGUCCACAGGUACCUACGUUGACGAGGUUCCCUUGUCUGGGGCGAACAUCGUCAGUGGCAUGUGGAUCUUCAGAGUGAAGCGGCCGCCGGGUUCUCCGCCUAUCUUCAAGGCACGUUACGUGGCUCGUGGCUUCAGACAGCGGCAGGAAGUUGACUACUUUCAGACCUUCUCUCCCACCCCGAAGAUGACCACUCUUCGGGUACUGCUGCACGUUGCUGCUCACCGUGACUACGAGCCGCACUCUCUCGACUUUAGCACAGCUUUCUUGCAGGGCAGCCUGCACGAGGAGAUCUGGCUGCGCCGCCCACCUGGCUUCACUGGGUCGUUCCCUCCUGGUACCUAG